UUUUUAACAACUUAAAUUCAAAUUAGUUAUCAGUAGGACCUACGCCUUACCAAUGGGGUGACAGGACUUCAGGAACCCACCAAGACUUGUUGACAAGGAGUGACAGUAAAAACUGGGAUGGAGAUGUUACGGGCGUUGAGAAACAGCACAGGCAGUCAAACUCAGAUCACAAAUACAACCGACUGAAGCUGCAGUGAUGGAUGGCUGUAAGGACACACGCAGGGUGAGCAGAGUUACACUGAAAGAAACACAGAAAGGGAGCAGUAAAGAUGGCACAGAUACCCAUGCACCUAAAGAGGCGGCUCCCAUGGCCGUACCUUUGGCAGGUCGACGGGUCUCCAAGCAGGUUCCUCUGCUGGCUCAGGGACGUGGGCUAAUCAGUCUGAAGGGUCUUCUCACCGCUCAGAAGUUCUCCAAGGGGUUAAAGGAGCGGGCAGUGCAGAAACUGGCAGCAAAGAAAGGCAUCAGAACUCCUGCAAAGAAGCUGGUUCCCAUUGUGAAUGAACAGGUACCAACCGGUUGCGCUCAGCCCAAGGAGCAUUUCCCAGCAGGCCACUUCUCCCAGCUGGUGCAGCACUUUCUGGCCUCUCGUGUGGGCACUGUGACCUGUGUGGACGCCGGGCCCUCGUCGGGCCCACUGGCGAUGGCACUGAGUGAGGAGCUGAGGACACUGGCACGGAGCGUGUGCCCCCCACGCUACCGGCUGGUGUGUAUGGUGAGCCUGGGACCAGCGGAGCAGGAGGGGGUAACGAUGGCCAGCCGCUGCCUAUGGGACUCCCAUGCAGACACCUACAUCUCUCAUACCGCACAGACUGACCACGUGCACUGUGUGGCCACAGUGUUUGCAGUGUAUUAUGAGUGAUCAGUCAGAGCAGAGUUCAACACAAGGCAACACUGUGUGCUGUGCUGUGCAACCACACUAAAACGUUCAGAAGAAUAAGAUGACUCUCUAGUUCCUCAUUAAGGUGAUGGUACACACGGCAACUUUUUGAGCAGUGAGACUAUAGGAUGUUAUUUGUUCUGUUAAUCCCUGAAAUAAAGUUUUAUCAAGAGAAGUUGGAUCAGCUGUAGACAGCUUUGCUAAGAAUCCCAAUAGAAAAUAAGGAACUCAUCAUGUUGUUGCCCAUCAACAUUGCUCAAAAGGGUGCCCUGGGUAUCAUUACCAUCAGAGACAGUGACACUUUCAACCAGGGGUGAAUUUCUCAAAACCAAAGUUGCUUACUACAUUAGCUACUUUGUUGUUUUCAAUGCAUUUUCCCAUUGGCAACUACCGAAGUUGCUAACAGGCUAACAACUUCUCUUUUGAGA